AUGUGUUUGUGGAUUUUUCGCAAACCAAACAGUGUUUGUCGGCGGAUGCGAGGAAAAGAAGUCGGCACGCAGGUAGCUUGUCAUCAAGCCAGAAUCUCAAUCACGAAAGGACACCAAGGACGCCCUCACAUGAUUCCCGACACGGGUUUCAGAGAUCUGGGUCAUCUUCUUUUCCAAAGCAGCAUGACGAAUCACCUCCCAUCAGAAAUAGAAGAAACGACGACUUCUAUUCCAACAUUCUCUGUGACCAACGGGAGUACAGUUUCGGAUUUUUGGUCCAGGCGGAAGCCGGAGGUCACUUUUUCGAUGUGGGAAAGGAUUGGAAGGAUUUUCAGAGACUUCGGAAUGGAACCGAGUCUGUAG